AUGCAAGAGGUUGAGUCGUGGAUUGAUUUAUGCCCAAAUUCCUCAGAUGUAGCGCAAAGCGACUCGAUCGACGCGUUGUUCGGAUGCUCCUCCAGGUUACCCAAGCUGAUGUGCGCCGCUUCGCAACUACAGAAGGCCUCCUACGAUGCUGAAAUCCCCCUCGAGGAGAUACACAGGCGGUCUGAGAACCUCCAAAAGGCAAUUGAAGCUACCAAGAUGGAGGAUAACUCGAAUCCAGUCAUUUCAAUCCUGUGCGAUGGUGCCCGAGAAGAGUACUCGGCCAUGGUGGGAUUGGAGCAAGAAGAGCUGCGCCGGCGGAUGAUCGCCACCGCCGAAAUAUUCAGGCACACGUCACACCUAUAUGUUUAUCGAAUUACUCAUGGCGUCGAAGAACCACUCACGUCGGAUAUAGAGGAGUCUCUUCAGAGAGCACUCCAACUUUUGACGCAGGUUCCAGACGCCCUUGGCCCAGGAGCUAACCUAGGUUGGUGUUUGGUAGUGCUUGGAGCAGAGCUUGAUCUCCUAGAUCGACUAUAUUCGUUCCAGAUGGCAUAG